CUUGCCUCAAGUCUCCAAUACCAAACAAGCAAACUGACAUAUUUAAAUUAAUAAAGGUUCAAAUAAAACUAAUUAAAAACGUAAACCAACGAGAUGGAUUUCAAUCACGAAAAACGAAUUUUAUAUAUAGCUUUAAAAAUCGCAAACAUAUUCCCAUGUUAGGCUUCUCCCAAAAUUGUCCAAUCAGACCAACCCCGAUCUGCGUACUGCAGUCAGGUGCAAUUGAUUCUGUGUGAUGAUCAAACGUAUGUAGCAUUGCUGUAUAAGGAUGUAGCAUUUUAAAACUCAGUAUUUCAGCUUAAUAUGCAACAUUACCUUAUUAUAUUGUGGCAUAUAUUUCAAUACAACGAUAAUACAAAUCCGAAAAGUGACCGUGUGACGUUACAUAGUCUGUACAGUGCAGGCUCCUCGCUGAGCUGCAGAUGGAUGACUCAUAAAUUCAGACAGCACAGUACAAACUCUUUGGAGCUAAUAGAUACGAUGGCUAAUAAUUCCACUAACACCACUGAGGAUGAAGUGGACUUCCCUAGUGAUCUAUACAGCCAGGCGUCCAAAAAAUCAGCUGAGGACAAACUGAGUUUCACAGUUCAGAUUCUGGAGGAGAUGGUUUCCCUGUUUGAGGAGGAUCACAGCGCUGCAUCAUGGGAGGAGAAGACAGUGGACCACUUUCUCAUUGUUGUAACCCAGCAGGCUGAUGGCCUCAAAUCCUGUAUUCGGGGCCACAGCCACAAGAACAAGAAGCCACACGCUCUUGACACGUAUUUCAACAGCCUCUCAGAGAUUCUGAAGCAAAUGGGCCACAGUGCUGAAGCCUGGGAGCUGAUCAGGGAGGAAAUGAAAACCCAUCUGAUCCGAGCAGAACAGCUGCUGUUAUAGAACAGCUGGUGUUAUCUCUGCUGCCCAACUAAAAUCUGUCACGUUAACAAUGUGUUAAUUUAUUUGCUCACAUGCAGUCUCUAUUUAUCUGUUUAUUAACAUAUUCAUUUAUUUAUUAUUGAGAUGUGUGUGUAUGUAUUGAUCAUGUAUUGGUCUAGGUAAGAUGACUAAAACCUGUAUUUUCUGUCAGAUUCAUUAAUUUAUGUAUUUAUUUAUUUAUUGCUUAUUUAUAUAAUGACUUGUUACACAACCAGUAUUUUUAUAAAUAUGUUCUUGAUCUACUCUUUUAUUUUUUUAUACCUGUAAAAGCCAAUAAAAAAGAAGACUUUCUCCAGCAAA